GAGUCUGACGUGAUGAGCAGUCAGUCACGUCAAACCAACUUCAUCUGGUCAUGUGACUCAGGCUGACGUCACGUGAGCUGCGGACCGGAUGUGUGCAGAGAGCUGUCAUGGCGGCGGUGGAGACGAGUCCUCAGUGAGCAGUGGACCUGUGGACGGUGGUUCGAGCCGCUGAGAGUCCGACACACAGACGCUGCUGCCCGGGGAAGAGUCACUGUGACCCGCCGGCAUGAAGCCUGAGUGACGGGACAGACGAAGAAGAAGUUUAGAGACAGAAGAAGAAGGAGCGUCAUCGUCAGACUUCCUGAUUUGAUCACAUGAUCCAACUGUGGCCAAAACAAGAUAAAACCGGAUCUCCCAGUUCAGGUCUCACUCAACAGCCGUCAGUUAGUUGAUCACGUCUGGCUCCAGUGGAACAGUCCAUCCGUCCAUCAUCAUCUACGUCCUCUUAUCCACAUGAUCAGGUGCUGCUUGUCUGGGGGCGUGGCUUAACAGGUGGCCAGCCAAUCACAGAGCGUCGUCAUGUCUCUGGGCGAGAACACGCCGGACUCGGCGCCGUUCCUCUCUGACGACAGCGAGACAGAGGGUCAGGAGGAGCAGGGCGGGGGGGCGGGCCAGCGGCCGCCGGAGGGGCCGGCCAGCGGCGUGUCCAGCGUCCGAGCCCUGCUGACCGUCCUGGUGCUCUGCUUCAUCAACCUGCUCAACUACAUGGACAGGUUCACUGUGGCAGGAGUGCUCCCGGACAUCGAGCAUUACUUUGGGAUCGAUGACGGGAAAUCCGGUUUACUGCAAACUGUUUUUAUCUGCAGCUACAUGUUCCUGGCUCCGAUCUUCGGGUACCUUGGCGACAGGUACAACAGGAAGGUGAUCAUGAGCGUCGGGAUCACGUUCUGGUCGCUGGUGACACUGGCCAGCUCCUACACCCCCAGAGAGCACUUCUGGGCCCUGCUGUUGACACGCGGCCUGGUCGGGGUCGGCGAGGCCAGUUACUCCACCAUCGCUCCCACCAUCAUCGCAGACCUCUACGUCAAAGGGAAGCGGACCAACAUGCUGUCCGUCUUUUAUUUCGCCAUCCCCGUGGGCAGUGGCCUCGGAUACAUCGUGGGCUCUCAGGUCAGCAACAUAGCGAAGGACUGGCACUGGGCUCUGCGGGUGACUCCAGCUCUGGGGCUGGUGGCCGUGGUCCUGCUCCUGGUCGUGGUUCAGGAGCCCAACAGAGGCGCCAUCGAGGCUCGACCCGAGCACCAGCUGCACCGGACCAGCUGGCUGAUGGACCUGCAGGCGCUGAGCAGGAACUGCAGCUUCGUGUUGUCCACCUUCGGCUUCACCGCCGUGGCGUUUGUCACCGGCUCUCUGGCUCUCUGGGCCCCGACCUUCCUCCUGAGAGCUUCUAUCUUCACCGGGGUCAAGGCCCCGUGCACCGACGCACACUGCGCCUCCUCCGACAGCCUGAUCUUCGGAGCGAUCACCUGCAUCACCGGCGUUCUGGGCGUGGCCAGCGGCGUGCAGCUGAGUCGGCAGCUGAGGAAGAAGACGCCCCGGGCGGAUCCGCUGGUCUGCGCCGCCGGUCUGAUGCUGUCCGCUCCGUUCCUCUACCUGGCCAUCGUGUUCGCUGAGGCCAGCACCAUCGCCACAUACGUUUUCAUCUUCCUGGGAGAAACCUUCCUGAGCAUGAACUGGGCCAUCGUGGCCGAUAUUCUGCUGUACGUGGUCGUUCCCACUCGCCGCGCCACAGCUGAGUCGCUUCAGAUCGUCAUCUCUCAUCUGCUGGGAGACGCUGGGAGUCCCUACCUGAUCGGAGUGGUCUCUGACUAUCUGAGGAGGACGGACUCGUUCCUGUGGCAGUUCCGCUCGCUGCAGCUCUCUCUGCUGAUCUGCGCCUUCGUAGCUGUGGUGGGGGGGGCUUUCUUCCUCGCCACCGCCCUCUUCAUCGAAGGAGACCGAGAUCGGGCGGAGAACUACGUGGCUUCAGACGACGAGCCGAUCGUGGUGCCGAGCAGCGGCCGGUCCACUCGGGUCCCGGUGUCCAGCGUUCUGAUCUGAGACCAGCCGCUGAGGAACCAGUGGGACUGAAGACACUGAAGGGACUGUCUGCCGUGCAGAAACCUUUUAAAGUUUAUUUCUAGAUCUUUCUGUUUUUUAUAACUUCCUCAGAACGUGGUCGUCUCAGGAGAUCUUCUGAUUGGUUGAGAUCUCUGAUUGGUUGAGAUCUCUGAUUGGUUGAGAUCUCUGAUUGGUUGAGAUCUCUGAUUGGUUGAGAUCUCUGAUUGGUUGUGUGGAUCCUCAGCGACUGAGGAGCUGAAGCUCUGAUUCACUUUGACUGUUAUUUGACCGACUGUCGACAAACUGGUGGAGACAUCUGAUCACCUUCAGUCAGAUCAGAAGUUCAUAAACUUUAUUAAUCACAUUUCAGCUCGUUUGAGUAACAACACUAACCUUUAAAUGCAGUCAGUUAUUAUCUGUCUACAGUUUUUAAACUUCAUCACUGAUUUGAAUCCUCGUUUUUCUGUUGGAAUGUUUGAAGUGUUUAACGGAGGUUUUUUAAAUUUAAGUUUAAUAUUUCCUUCGUGUUUGACGUUAUGAACGUGAACGUUAGUCAAAGUUCUUUAGUCUCAAAUCAUUUUUUUUACCGUUUCUGUUAAACAAGAAUGAAUUUGUUGGACGAAGUGUUUGUUAUUAACAUGCUCAGGUGGACUCAUGAUUUUAUCUUUACAGUAAUAAUUUACAGCUAAAGUACGGAGGCCCUGAAGGCAAGAACUAGACCCGCUGGUUGUACUUUUUCAAAAAGACACUUUUUUUACUUUUAAAUAUGACUUUGACAAUAAGGAAAAUAAAGUUCUGUAACAUCACUGUCACGUCUUUAAGUCUAGAAAAUGAUUUUACAUGUUGAUAAAGUUUUGUCCCAAAGAUUCUUUAGGAAGUUUGAUGACAUCGUAUAAAAGCUGUUUUCACAGAUGAAAAUUAAAAACCCUAGAAAAACA